AUGGGUCGUUCAGCUUGCGCGGACACGCCAGGCGGGAUCGUCAGACUCGUGGCUACGACCACCGCUUCUGUUGCGACUUGUUCUGCGACUCCUGCGAAUCCCGCUGCGACUACUUCCGCUGCUGCGACUCCGGCUACUGCCUCUGUGACUUCUUCCGACGUUGCGCUUCCGCAUCGCGCUUUAGCUGAUGCCGACACCACCGCUCAUCGCGCAGGAUCGCGGAACUCGCUCGCGCUUCCCCCUUUGCUCGAAGUCUCCGCGGAAGCUCCGCCUCCGGGUCCGUCGUCCGCGUCCUCUACCGCAUCUGCGCGCUUCACCCCCGACUCCGCGCCCAGUUCCUCCGCCGCAGUCGCUCCGCGCUCGCCGGCGGAAGUUCCCGCCUUGUCCGCGGAAGCGCACGCCUCAUCCGCGCUAGCUCGGCAGCAAAGCGGCUCUUCCGCUGGCGCCGGCGCAAGCGCUGGCGGAGGGCAUGCUGGUUGCGCGCGCGGGGUGAGCGUGGUUUCCGCGCGACUGGACGCAGUAGCGGCGGAGACGGAGGCGGAAGCGUGGAUUGCUGACGCGGCCGGCGGAGGAGGCGGAGGAGACGCCUUAUUAUGGUCGAUGGAUAUGACAGAAAGGGAAAGAGGAGGAGAGGAGGGGAGUGAAGGACAGGGAGUGGAUGGGUUGGUUGAGAAGGUAGGGCAGCUGGGAAUGCGUGAGGAGGUAGGGUUAUUAGAGGAUGAGAAAGUUGGUGAGGAGAUUAAGUUGGUGGAGAGGUGUGAGGAGGUGUUUGAAUUGGUGGACGAGGAGGAGGAGGGUGGGGAGGGGUACGAGGAGGAGGAAGGGGAGGAGGAGGAGAGGGAGCAGCAGCAGCAGCAGCAGCAGCAGCGGCAGGAUCAGCAGGAGGAGAAGCUGAAGGAAGACGAAGUCGAGGUUGGGAAGGAGCAGGAGCGGGCAGGGCAGAAGCAGCAGCAGCAGCAGCAGCAGCAGCAGCAGAAGCACAAGCAGCAGAAGCAGAAGCAGAAGGAGAAAGAGCAACAACAGGCCAGCACCAGCCAGCAUCACCCAGCCACAGAAGCACCACCUUCCACACUGAACGACCCAGCAGCCCAGCAGCAGCAGCAGCACCCAGCACGCACACACCCCCCCGACUGGACCUCCCUUCCAGCCGAAAUCACCCUCCGAAUCUUCUCCCUCCUUGCCUUCCGCGACCUGGCCCAAGCAUCCUGUGCCUGCUCCUCCUGGUGCCACCUCUCCUUCGCGCCCUCCCUCUGGACCGCCCUUGAUCUCCGCUGCUACCCCCCUCUCUCUGCCGCUGCUGCGGAUUCCCUGGCUGUGAGGUGCGCAGGGGCGUUGACUCGCGUGCAUGUGAAAGGGGCAGAGUCGCUCCGAGCGGUGGCCAGGCUUGCUGCUGGGUUUGAGAGGUUUGACAGGUGUGGAGAGGUUUUGGAAGGGUUUCCCGGGGGUUCUCGUGCUGGGAUUGGGGCCGGAGCCUCUGCUGGUGGCGCUGCUGCUAGUUCAGCGGCUCCUCUUCCUACUUCUCCCCCUCCUUCUGCUCCUGCUGCUGCUGCUGCUGCUCCUUCUGCUGGUGGUGCCAGCGCUAAUGGCCCUGAUAGAGCGGGUGGCAGUGGCAGCAACAACAGCAGCACAGGCACUGGAAACCCGUUCAGGGGCACAAAUGGAACCGGCAUGCGAGCUUGUGAGGGCUCUUCUAGGGACUUCCCUUGGACAUCUUUUCGACGCCCGUCAUCAGGCUCGGCCCAUGCCUCUCCCCCAGGCUCGUCCCUUCAGCACCUUCUUGCUGGGUCAUGCGGCGAUCUCUCUGACGCGUCCCUCGGGCUUAUCCUCGGCCGCCACGCGCGCCUGCGCCAGGUGUCGCUCUCCCAUUGCGACAGGCUGUCCCCUGACGCGAUCUGCGUGCUGGCGGAAUCCUGUCCGCGUUUAGAGGAUCUCCAUUUAAACGGACUACGGAGAGUUGAUUUGGCCUGCCUUGCUGCCCUAGCACGGCACUGCCCGCGCCUAUACAAUCUCUCGCUCGUUAACUGUCUCAGGUUUGAGGAUCGCGGAGGCUUGUCGCUUCUACAACAGGUCCGGUACCUGUCGCUGUCAGGCUCGGACGUGUCCUGGCAUCGGGCAGCCUCGGACGUGGCUCGGCUGCCGAACCUGCGAGCCAUGGACGUGUCACGUUCGGACAUCUCUCCCGAAGCUGUCAACCUUAUCCUCGCAUCUCCCUCCAUCCUGUUGGUAGCAGCCUUCAGCUGUCCUGAGCUGGAGACCUUUCACGAGGCCAUCAAAAUGCCUAGCAAGCCUUGUCUUUUGCUAUUCCGGUACGGCGAUCUUCGUCUGGCUCUCCUCGCGCUUGCCCUUUCCUGCAGCGACCCUUCCUGCCUCUGGAGUUUCUACCAGCCUCGGCAACCAGCAGCACGCCCUGUGGCAGAAGAGAGCGCUGCUGCGUCGGAAGAGAGCCAGGUCAGAGCACUCGUGCUCCACAUCACCAGGGCUCUGGGCGGCGGUGGGCCCCGCAGUGCCUGCGUGGAGCUCUCUGAUUGGACGGAGCUGAUUCUGGUGCGAGCUCUGCACUCAUUGGCGGAAAGGUUGGAGCCAAUGGGGUGGGAAGGGGCGUGGGGGUGGGGGGGAGGGAGACGGGGAGGGGGAAGGGGACGGGGGGGAGAGGGAGGUGUUGUGGGGGUAGGAGGGGCGGGAGGAGGAAGGCAAGGGGAUGGGGCAGGAGGAGGGGGUGUCAGAGGUGGUGAAGGGGGGGUGGGAGAGAGGGGAGGUGGAGGAGGUGGAGGAGGAGGAGGAGGAGGAGAAGCAGCAGCAGCGGGAGGAGGAGGAGGGGUAGGGAGAGGGUGGGAGGCGAGGGAGGAUUUCUGGGUGAGUCAGGGCGUUCCGGCCGUGCUGCUGCUGCUGCAGAGCCGGCAGCAGGAGGUGCGAGAGAGAGCAGCCGCCACUGUGGGAGUCUUUGUGGUCGCUGAUUCUAUUGGGGCUGGAUUCGAGGAGGAGGAGGUGGGGGUGGAGGUGGAGGAGGGGGAGGAAGAGGAGGAGGGAGAGGCCCUGGCGAAUCUGUCAGUGAGUGUGGACGUGGCAAGGGAGGCCCUGGCGAAUCUGUCAGUGAGUGUGGACGUGGCAAGGGAGGUGGCCCUGGCAAAUCUGUCGGUGAGUGUGGACGUGGCAAGGGAGGUGGUGAGGGUGGGGGAAGGUGCCCUGGCAAAUCUGUCAGUGAGUGUGGACGUGGCAAGGGAGGUGGUGAGGGUGGGGGAAGGUGUCGAGAACAAGCUAAUGGCCCUGGCGAAUCUGUCAGUGAGCGUGUACGUGGCAAGGGAGGUGGCCCUGGCGAAUCUGUCAGUGAGUGUGGACGUGGCAAGGGAGGUGGCCCUGGCGAAUCUGUCAGUGAGUGUGGACGGGGCAAGGGAGGUGGUGAGCGUGGGGGAAGGUGUCGAGAACAAGCUAAUGGCCCUGGCGAAUCUGUCAGUGAGCGUGGACGUGGCAAGGGAGGUGGUGAGGGUGGGGGGAGUGGGAGUGCUGCUCUCCCUCCUCACUCACUCCAACGGCUGUAUCGCCAAGGCUGCAGCAGGGGCGCUGUGGAACCUAUCAGUGGAUGAUGAAUACAAGGUGGGUCACUCGAAAGACUUUGGGUAUGGACUCGUCUCAUGGGAGGCGUACAUCAUGCGCGCGGGGGGCAUCGCCACACUGGUUGACCUCAUGGCCACCGCUCCCCCCCCUGCUCUUGGCCUCCCAGGGGACUGUGUCCUCGAGCGAGUAACAGGCGCCCUGGCGAAUCUAGCAGUGGACGAUGGGUGCAGCACGGCCAUAGUGGAGAGGGGAGGGGUGGCGGCGCUGGUGCGGGUGCUGGUGGGGUGCCAGCAUGACCUCGUGCGCGAGCAGGCCGCCAGGGCCCUCGCUAAUCUCGCUGCUCACGGUGACUGCAACCGCAACGCUGCUGCUGUGGGGGCCGAGCCCACAGCUGUCCCUGCACUGGUUGGCUUGUUACAGUCAACGAACGAAAGCUUAAGGCAAGAGGGAGCAGGGGCGCUCUGGAAUCUAUCAUUCCACGACAGCAACAGGGAGGCGAUAGCAGCAGCGGGGGGGGUAGAGGCGCUGGUUCGCCUGGCCCAGGAGUCGUGCCUCCCCGGCGCAGCAGAGGACACCCAGGAGCGAGCCGCAGGCGCCCUAUGGGGCCUCUCUGUGUCUGAAGCCAACAGUGUGGCCAUCGGCCGGGCGGGUGGGGUGGAGACUUUGCUCAGCCUUGCCCAGUCGCGCAAGCAGGAGGUCCAAGAGACGGCCACCGGCGCACUCUGGAAUCUAGCCUUCAAUCCAAGCAACGCCGCCCGCAUUCUCGUGAACAGUGGCGUGCCCAUCAUGGGCGCAAUCAUUGCUGCUUCCCUGCCGCCCUCUGCCCUCUCCCACUUCUCCUCGGACCCGACCUCCCCCUCCUGCUCCUACUCCCCCUCCGCUGCAACCACACCUAGAAGCACCACCACUGCCCACACCUUUCCAUCCGCUACAAACCCUGCUGGUGCUCCCAGUGCUGCUGGUGGUCGUGCUGCUGGUGGUUCUGCUGCUGGUCGUGCUGGUGGUGGUGCUGGUGCUGCUGGUCGUGCUGAAAUGUUGGCAGCGGCGGAAGCAGUAGCGCCUGAUCUGGAAUACCCCCUAACCUUGCAGCUGCAGCAGCACCUUGGUCUGCAGGUCAUUGACUGGUUUCUCAGUUGCUUCCUGCACGAACGCGAGGAGGCAGAGCGGGCGAGGGAGAGAGUGAGGGAGAGGGAGCGGGAGAGGAGGAGGGUGAUGGAGGAAGAGGAGGAAGGGGAGUUUCGGAGCAGAGGGAGCAGGCAGAGAGCGGGAGGGUCAAGAAAGAGGAGAGCUUCGGCAUUGGAGGAGGAGGAAGGGGAGGAAGAGGCGGAGGAAAAUGAGGGGGAUGGGUUGCCUGGGACAGCUGCAGCAACCAGAAGCAGAAGGGCGGGGAGGGGGCGAGGGAGAAGAAGGAGAAGAGCGAUUGAAUUAGACUCUGAUGAGGAAGAGGAUGGUUCGGCGCUGGGUGGAGGAGCCACAGGCUCGGCCACACCUGGCUCUGCGGCUCGGAACGGCCCUGCUUGCACCCGCACCUUCACCUCCCCUGCUGCUGGGCCGUCCGGCGCUUCAGGUUUUUCUUCAGGUGCCGGUUCAGGAGAUCUGCCGCCGCCCAUGUCGGCGGGGUUCACGCGGCACCUGGGAGCACGGCUGGCAGCAGCAGAUGAUGCUGCAUUGAUGGAAUUUUCCCAGAACUGUCGCAUUCAGGAGGCGGGGCUGCUCAGGUGCAGUGCGGCCGAGAUCGCUCGUUUUGUCGCCAUGCUACGAAGCUCCUCCCCCUCUCUGCGCGCCUGUGCAGCCUUUGCCCUCAUGCAACUCACCAUGCCCGACGCCCGCCACACCGCCCACCACAUCAGCCUUCUCUCCGACACCGGAGCUUCCCGCACAAUUCGCGCCACCGCUGCUUCCGCUACGUGCCCUCCUAUGGUGAAGCUGCUGGCUCGGGCUUUAUCGAAGAAUCUCAAUCUGCAUGCACGAAUGGAAGCCAAGGAGAAAAGGCUGCUCUUGUGA